AUGUCUGAAGAAAUCCUCUCAGUCUUCGCUGCAGACGAUGCUCCAGACCAAAUCCUGGCCCAGAUCAAAGCUAAGCCAGAGUGGUGGGUGGUAAACGAGUUCUCUGAAGGGCGCAUCCUGUACGAGUGUGUGCUGGACAUGAUCACCUCCACAUUCAACGUAAUCAACUUCGACACCAGCAUCCACCCGGAGAAUGGCUAUCUCGUGGGUGCCCUGGUCUCCGGCGCCUGUACCCGAAGUGGCCUCCUACGCUCGUAUCAGCAGUCAGGGGAGAUAAGCUCUGGCUUGCAAUUUCCCGACGAAGGUGUCGAUCCAGAUGCCACACCGGAGAGGGAAGAGAUGAAGGCCAUUCAUGCAUGCCUCCACCUUCUGGCAUGGGGUUACGAUGCCAUCGUUUGGAACGAGCUCCCGGAAGUCGAUCUCAUCCUUCCCGCGCUUUUGGCCAUCGAGCAGAAGGGGAUCAUAAAGCACCCAGGUGGAAGGAAUCUUCUUGAGAGAACUAUCAAGGAAGCUCGAAACAAUUUCCCGGAGGAUAUACCGCUGGAAGAGAUCUGGUCAAUCCUAUUCCCCCAAGCUGCCGCCGACGUCGACUCUCCGUGCCAAAGUGCAGCUGACAAUGAUAUUUUGGAGUAA